GUAAUAUUAACAAAAUCCAAUUAGACCACAUUUGUUACCAUUACCAUUGCCCAAUAAUAAAUAAACACAAUCCAAAAUUCAAUUUGGCGCCAUAUACUCACCUCUAAAUCUCCUCAAACAACACAAUAAUCCAGUUGCUGAUGCUGAAGAAAAGAAGGAAAUGGAGCCACAAAUAGAGGAAGUUCAGAAGAAGAUGAAGAGGAGUAAAGAUCCUGGAGUUAGGGUUCUUCAUGGAAGGAUUUAUGAUUCCCAAAAUGGCAAAACAUGUCAUCAAUGCCGUCAAAAAACCAUGGAUUUCACUGCGGGAUGCACUAACAUGAAGGGGGAUAAGCAAUGCACUAUGAAUUUCUGCCACAAGUGCCUCCUUAAUAGAUAUGGAGAGAACGCGGAAGAGAUGGAAGCUCUUGGUAAUUGGAACUGUCCCAAGUGUAGAGACAUAUGUAACUGUAGUUUUUGCAGGAAGAAAAAGGGUCACAAGCCUACUGGUAAACUUGUUCACACCGCAAAGGCAACGGGAUUUUCUUCUGUUUCAGAAUUGCUGCACGUUACGGGUCCUGAUGUAUGUCAGGAGCUGAUCGUCAAAAGCAAGACGGGUUCUCCAAAGAAAAGAGGGAAGGAGAACUUAGACUCCAAUUCUCCACCGUCAAGUCCUAAUCAAGACAAUGCAAAAAAUGUCAAGAAAGAGGUGACGGAAGAGCUCAAGGUAAAGGUUGAAGUUGAAAAUGGUAAUGGUUUAUGUCUCCCCGAAAAAAAUACGGAGGAGAUUGCCCUGGGAAGAAGUCCGAGAAAAUUCAAUAUCCUGCAGGGCUGCACUGAAAAAGAUGUGGAUGUUGCGAGAAAAAGUUCUAGGAAAUUUGAUGUUUCCCAGGAAGUGAGUAAAACUGACGAAAAAAUGAGUGAUAUGACUAGCGCAGAAGAAACUAAGGAGGAGAAAUCAACUGAAGUCCAAGCAGAACGAAAAGUGAAGCCUCGUAAACUUAAGAAAGAACCAAUUAUUGAUGAUAUCGUCGUGGAUGUUGUCUUACCCCCUGGAAAUAUGCUGACCAGUGUGGCCGGGACUGACUUCCUUCCUGAGGAUGCUGGAUAUGCUUUGCAAUUCCUGGAAUUCUGCUCUGCUUUUGAGGAGGUUUUGGCCAUCGGGAAAGGAGAACCUGAGUCAGUACUGAGAGACAUAGUGUGUGGACGGGAACACAGGGGAAAUUGUUCGCCUGCGGUCCAGUUUCUUACCCUGCUAUUGGCUUUAAUCUUGAAGGACGAGGAUGAAGAGGAAUCUGUUACCUUAAGCCCGUCUAAUAAUAAAGAUUCUUGGAUACUUUCCCUCAAAAGAUGCCUUGAUGAAUCCGAGCUUGAAUUGGAGGAUUUCCCUGAUCAUAUCCUGGACAAAGGAUCCGAUGGGUAUGAGAUGUUGGAACCCUCACAAAAACUAAGACUUCUGACUUUUCUUUGUGAUGAAUCGCUUUCUACCAAAGAAUUGAGAACUUGGAUAGAAGAACAAAAUACGAAGCUCGUUGAAAAAAAGAAGGAAGCAAAGGAUCAUAUAAAUGCGGCCAGAGAGAAGGAAAAACAGGUGAAACGAAAGAUGCAGGAGGAAUUUGUUAAAUCUCUUUAUGCCAAAAAUGGUGUGCCUCUGACUAUCGCUGAGCAUAAUUCUAUCAUUUCACAACUAAAAUCCGAAACAGAGCGUGCACGAAAAGAGAUUUCGGAGGCUAUGGGAUUGAUGCCUAAAAAACGACAAAGAUCAGAUGCUGUGAGGACAGAACCUGUGUUUUUAGAUGGCAAUGGUCAUGCUUUUUGGAGACUGAAAGGCUUUGGUGACGCAAACAUACUACAAGAUUUGGGAAUGCUAGAUCAAAUUGACUAUAAGGAUAAAUGGUUUAGUUUUAACAAUGAAGAUACCGAAGUGGUUGAAACGUAUAUGUCUACUGUAAGGCUUAAUCUAAACAAGAAAAUUAAGAAUGAAGGUAAAACAAAGAUGAAUUGCUCUUCAGAUUCUGACAUCGACUCGAGCUCUAAUGAUGAUUCAACAUCUGCAACAUAAAUUCCUAGCUUGGAUUCUUUAGUGCAUUUAUCAAGUGUUAAUCUAUUUAUUCUCUGUAAGUAAACCCAUUUUCCUUCUAUUAACCCUUGUUUUAGAAAAUUUAAAAACGUCUUCAAUAUUGUUCGAAUUGAAUAGAGAAGAAUCAAUAUGGACUACUAAUAUAUUUGUUCAUCUAGCUGACCCCAAUCUUUUGAGAUUUAGGCUCUAGCCGACCCCAAUCAUAAUGCGUGCAUUUCUCCUUGCCCACUUGGAGGGGGCACGGGUAUGAUUUUCCCGCUACCCUUCUCCCCCCUAACUUGUGCGGGAUACUGGGUUACUGACUAUGACUAUGACAUUGUUGCUGUUAUAGUAUUGUUUGAAUAGCUCAAACCUAAGUAUGACAAUAUUGGUAAACAUCUGAACUCGAACAUCGAAAGUCGAAGUGCAUAACCCGAUAUUAUGCCAGAUAUGCAAGGAUCCUCUUUAGUUAUUGCACGAUCUUGUUACUUGUACUAGUGAUGAACGAUGGUUGAAUUAAGAAGGAAUGUUAUAUUGCUGAAUCUUUUAGCAUCGUUCAAUAAUUCGACAAUCCGGUAACUGUAAUGGAUCCUCUUAUUAUUCAGUUUUGACCUUCAAACCUUUAAUGCUCAGUUGCAGUGACUUGGUUCAUGUGGACGACUAUUGGAACUGAUCUAUUUGUUUCAAUCUUUGGGAUUAAGGCUUUGACAUUGUUGUGGCACCGACUUUCGGAAGAUAAAGCAGUUGUUAGAUAUGAAUUCUGUAUGCAGUACAUCAGCUUUUGUGUAGGUUAAGAAUUGAGUUGAAAGAAGGCUUUCAAGCUAAUUUUGUAUGUAUCUUGCUUUUAAAGCUUGCAAUAUGAGUCAAUUUCAAGCUCUUGGAGCUUUAUUUUUUUAUGAAAAAAAUUUGUAGCUCUUGCUACCAAAGGUCGAUCGAAAAGACCUUUUUGUUAUCAGAUACUAACUAGGGUAAAGCUGUGUAAAUUCAACCCUCAAACUUCACAUAUGUGGGAGCCAUUUUAUGACAUUGGGGAAACAAAAUGUUAUUGUAGACUAUAGUAACAUUUACUUAUUAAAUCAUAUGUAUUUUUUAUUUAUAUGAAGUUAUGGUUAAUAU